CAUUCAUUUGUAGUUGUUACUGCUCGCGCUGCCCCGUUCGGUUGUAGUUUACGUAACGUCAUGAAUUCAGUCGGUGUCUAUUAUUAUCAAUCCGAACGUCAAACGGAGAAGUGACAAAAUGUCGGAGUUGACCAUUGACUUCUCCCUUCUCGAAAAAAUAAUUCGGGAAUUUAAGAAGGACACUACCGCUCACGUGACUGCUGUAAAUUACAAAAAUGUUGGUGCAGCAGGAGAUAAUUACACAAGUGAAGUGAAACGUAUUCUAAUCAAGUACACAGCUCGUGGCGAUGGCGGUGACGCUGAGAAGGAAAUAUCAUUCUUCUUGAAGCGCAUGCAUGACCAGACGAAUGAGGCAGUAAAAACAAUGCUCCAAAGUGUAUACCAACAUGAGGUGAGGAUAAUGAUGGGACCAUUGAAGGACAUCAAUCAAAUGCUCACUGUAACGCGUAUACCUCGUUUGUUGUACUUCCGCCCUGAGGAGCCCUACUUCGCGAUCAUGGAGGAUCUGGCGCCCCUCGGUUUCGAAAUGGCGAGUCGCGUGACCGGCUUAGACCUGCCGCAUUCCUUAAUGGCAAUGCGUGGUCUUGCAGAGUUUCACGGAAGCUCUGUGGCGCUCUACGAGAAGAUGCCUGAUUACACGAGUGCAUUCACACUCGAUACCUUCGACGACCAGAACCAAGGAAUCUACCACUUCUUCAAUAACGGUUUGAAUUCAGUUGCAUCUGCGAUUUCGGGGUGGGAAGAACUUGGCCCCAAAUAUGCCGAGAAAUUGAGAAAUCUCACUAAAGUACUAUUGGAAAAGACCAAGACGGCUUUCAGUCCUCGUGAGAAUGAAUUCACUGUUCUCAAUCAUGGAGAUUGCAGCCAAUUGAAUAUCAUGUUCGCGCAUGAUGAGGAUAAGAAUCCUAUUAAAGUUGCAUUGGUGGACUUUCAAAUAGCGGGUUAUAACUCUCCAGUAGUCGAUCUGCGAUCCUUGAUCUCAAGCAGCACGACUCAAGAUGUAUAUCAACACCAUCAGCAUGCACUGCUCCAAGAGUAUCACUCAGUAUUAUCAGAAACAAUGAAGAAAUUCCAUUGUAAAACGCCGAUACCGUCUCUGGAGGAUAUUGAGAAGAUGUACGAUGACAGGGGAUUCAUCAGUGUUCUCUCAACAUGUGCUGUCUAUCCAAUUAUCCACGCUCAGCCAUCCGAUGUGGUUUCUCUCGAUGCCAUGCUAUCCGAAAAUUCCAAGGGAAGUAGCAGCCGGUACGAGGAGAAACACUUCAGGGAGUUGUUGAUAGCUCGUCUUAUUGAAUUUGACAAGCGCGGAUUGCUAGAUCCAUGAUGGAAAAGAGAAAUUUGAAUCUUUUCGUCAAUCAAAGUCUACAAUAAUUUGGAGACCGUAAAAACAAAGUUACUUUUUAAAUAAAAUAAUAGUUGAAGUUAUCCAAUUUAGUAGUUAGCAACUCAUUUUCUCGUAUCGUUGUGAACGGUGUAAGGAACAUAUCAAUAUAUUAGUAUUCCACAGUAAUAUAACCGUAAAACCAAAUAUUGCAGUGAA